AUGUUCGCACAUGUUACUGCUCAGCUUCCUACCCACUUCGCAACUGACCUUAAAUAUUUGCUCGAUUCGAUUUCGGCUGACGCACCUUACGAUAAGCGGAAACCUACCGUUUUGAAGCGCUCCACGGCUUCCGACGAAGCUAGACUUCAACAGUUACUUUCCGUUGUUGAGCUAGGCGAUCGCACGCCGUCACAACUCAGGCACAUGCGUACGUUGGUCGGUUCCUUUGAGAUCGAUGACAAUUCUGCGACAGCUCUGAGCGAAAUGUCUUUCAGCGAACACCAGUUCUCGCUGUGUUCGCAGAAAAACAACCUACUUCCAACUGGGCUGACAUUGGAGGCGGCGAACAAUACCAAGAUCCAUACAUACGGCCAGAAAAUGCUGACUUUCAACCUUGGUCUCCGUCGAAAUUUUCCCUCUGUUUUUCUCAUCGCUGACAUUCAAUGCCCCAUCCUUGAUAUUGAUUUCCUCACCAAGUUUGGCCUGAUCGUGGACCUGCGUAACCGUAAACUAUGCGAUAGUUUGACAUCCUUGUCCGUUUCGGGUAAACUCACUUCGAUCAGUUCGAUUGGUCUUCGCUUGGCGUUGCCCGCCGACAAUGUGUUCACCGAACUAUUGCUGCAGUUUCCUGCUCUUUAUCAAUCGUCUAAUGACUUUCCUGAGCCUAAGCACGAAGUUACGCACCACAUCUUAACACAUGGACCUCCAGUAACCGCCCGACAUCGAGGAUUACCUCAGACAAGCUCGCUACUGCCAAGGCAGAGUUCGAACAUAUGCUUCGUCUCGGUAUCGUUCGUUUUUCCAGUAGCCCAUGGUCCUCCCCGCUUCAUAUGGUUCCCAAAAAGUCCAAUGGCGACUGGAGACCUUGCGGAAAUUACCGGGCGCUAA